CCUGUUUUACUCCUCACUCUUGGCCUCUUGUGGAACGUUCCCAGAGAGGUUCAGUCUCACUCCGGUGCUUCAUAGAUGAGGAACUCUAAUUGGGAAUGAAAGGUCCGACCUACAUGAGUCCGAAGUAUUGUUAUGAACUAUCCAACCUGACCAUGUCGAAUAAAAAGGAAAAAGAAAUGAGCUCCUUUUUGAGAGGCCACCAAGGCUCGGUGUCCAACCCGGUGAUCAAUGGCGCUCCACAGUCCCCUGAAGAAGAAGCCGAAUUAAUGGACCUGUUCCACAAAUUCUGUUCAUCGUCGACCAUCCAUGGAACUUACUUCUGGACAGAGUCCAAAAGCCGAUUGGCCAAGAUUGCUUGGGGCAUUAUUGUGCUUAUGGGAGUACUCUUCGCCAUUUUCAUCAUCAACAGUAGUUUCAAAGGCUGGAAAGAUAAUCCUGUGGUGACAUCGGUAAUGCAGAAGUCCAUCGAGGAAAUCCCAUUUCCGGCUAUCACCAUUUGUCCAAUGGAUGACACCAGGUUUGGAUAUGUGGAACGAAUGGCCAAUCAAGCUGGUCACAAGAACUUCAAUCUGAAGAAAAUGAUCGCUCAUCUCCUCCGCCUUAUUCAUACUGAUCGACCAUUACCUCAAGAAAAUGAUUGCCUUCUUAAAUACUGCAUUGAUAUUAUGACUGACGAGGACACGGAGUCUUCAGAUGAAAUGGAAAACUGCGUGGAGACCUGUCCAGCCAGGACUGAGUUCAUUGACUUCUUCAAACAAAUCAACACGACCCUGAGUUCAGACUACGAAGAAUUCAUUCUGAAUUCCACCGAAAACGAAAUAGAAAAAUCCAUCAGGGACGUGGCGAAAUUCGGACAUAAUGGUCGUUCCAAACGAUCUCUAGGGGGGCAAUGCCUUGUGGAAAUGAGGACCAACUGCAGCCGAUAUGUCAAAGAUUUUCGAUUCUUGAGGGACCUCAAGAAACUCUUGCAAUCAGAUGAGGCGAGAGUCCAUAAUCAGUUUGCCACGGCACGCCCUGGAACGAUCCUGAAAAUGAUCCACUCUUUGGUUGAUGCUGAUCCUGAAGCACAGAAGGUUCUCUUUGACACUUAUUUGGAUCCGAUAAAGUAUCCAACCAUCUAUAGCUGUUCCAAGGGCGAUAUGCCCGUACCGGAUUUGGUCACCCUGAUAUCAAGUUGGGGUUGGCGCGACGGCCGAGUCAAGGAUCAGUGUGACUUGGCCAAUGUCAAGUUUGGCGAAGAACUCAUUGACAUCAUGCGAACUUCGUUACAUCCACCUCAUGCGAUUGAUGAAGAAGGAAAAGUGGUCCCAAAUGCGGCUUUCCCGUACUGUUGGUAUGACAACAAACGACAAGAAGGAGCCAAAUUGGACCAAUACCCCGAGGGCCGAUUUUGCAACGCCUUUCAAACCGUCUUCAACGAUCAUGGGCUUUGUUACACCUACAACAAUUUCAAACUAGGCAUGGAAAACAUUAGCAAGGAUUCCCUGCAUAACUCGGAGGUCUUCAAAAUGAGGUCGGUGGCAGGGUGUGGCAAAGAUCGAGGUCUACAGUUGGUGGUAGACAAUCAUCGCUUAACCAGUUUGCUUCCUCCGUCGAAAGAAAGCCGAGGGUUCAAGGUGUUCAUUACCCUUCCUGGUGUGGUGUCCUCUAAAGUUCCAUUCAUUGUAGAUACCUCUUUUUACGGCGAACACUCAUUCUACCUCCAUGGAAUACAUCACAUUCGAACCUCGGAGGCUUUUCAAAACUGGAACGAAGACAACAAGAUCUGCCACUUUCCGGAGGAUUUCAAUCUCAGCUACUUUUCUCACUACUCCCAGGACAACUGUCUUCUGGAAUGUCGCAUUAAAAAGCUCUCGCUUAAAUGCGAAUGCUCUCCGUGGUACAUCAAACAAAGUGACUUGCCUAUUUGUGGAACCACGGGUAAUCGCUGUUUUGAAAAGAGCCUCAAAGAAUAUUCCGAGGAUUUGAAGGAUCGAAAAGAGUGCGGAUGUUUAAAUGAUUGCGAAGGGGUCCAUUUGUUUGCCACCAUGUUCCGAGAAUCGUACGACAUGCACAAAGAGACCUCUCCUGACAAAUGGUAUAAUGCCAAGACUCACGCUGGUCUUUUGGCAGACUAUCUAUUGGACCCUCAACAUAUUUUCAUCGAUGAAUUGAGCAAGAAUAUGCUAAUGUUGGCCCAUAAUGUGACAGAGUUCCACCAAUUUGCAGAGGAGCGGUUCCAUGAAGAUAUUGCCGUUCUGAACUUCUUUUUUGAUACCCCCAUCAUCACACAAAUCAAAUUAGAGCUUCGAACAAGUGUUUUUGAUAUGAUUUCCGCUGUGGGUGGAACGUUGGGUCUUUUUACGGGGAUCUCUGUCAUCACAUUCGUGGAGAUUCUUUAUUGGAUCUGUUGCUUUGUCAUGGAGGCUUUCAAGCGAAGUGGAACCGCAACGUUUUCAUGCGUUAAAGGAAUUCUAAGUUCGUCUCCAUCUAACAAGAACGUGGUUGCGAAUGGUGGGCAUGACAACGCAUAUAUGUUUGAUGAAUCAUCGACCCGAAACAAAACCAUAAACACUAUUUGCUAAUAUUUUGGUUUAGCUUGUUCAUACGGAAAUAGAAUAUUUUGUGGUUUCUUUAUCUUUUGAACAA